AGAGAGACCAUCAAGGGGAAGUGACAACAUGACUAGCACCUUGCCAGAUCCUAUUCUUCAAUCCUUCCAGUCUCUUUGGAUCUCUGCCACAAACAUCGACUUUGGCCCAGAAUUGUCAAGCAGCAGAACUCCAGAAGAAUUUGUGGCGUCCGUCAACCAUGUUCUUCAAAACCAUAAAGGCAAAAAGCUCAAUAGGUUCCGUCUCUUCUUCUGCCCACUCGAUAUGUUUCUACCUGAUAUUGAGAACUGGAUAGCAUUUGCAGUGGCAAAGGGAGUUGAAGAACUAGAGCUGGACUUAUCCAUGGGAUCUGACCCCUUGACUGGUGAAUUAACCAAUGGUGGUCACCCCCUUAAAUUGCCAGAUUGUCUUUUUAAAUGCAAAUCGCUUACCAAUCUAAGUUUGAGCCACUGUGACUUCUGUCCACCUCCGGAUUUCAGUGGUUUUAAUGGCCUCCAGUCACUGUCCCUUUCAUAUGUAAGCAUUGCUGAUGAUAUGCUCCAUUUCAUGGUAGCCAAUUGCCCUCUCCUGGACAGCUUGAGUCUCAAAAGCUGCCAGAAUCUCAACUCGAUCAAGGUCUCAGGUGAAGACAUCCAAAUUCAGAGGUUAACUGUGAUACAAUGCUGGGAUGCAUGGGAAAUGGAGGUCCGCGCUCCCAGGCUUCGAUCUUUCAUUUACUAUGGGGAACAUAUCUUUGGAGAUUCAUCCCUUAACAUCCCAUCUCUGGAGGACGCCUUCAUCAGUUCAAUCGAUAUGGAAAGAACAGAACCUGAACAUGACUACAUAAAGUUGUUAUUUGAUCUCUCACACGUCAAGAUUCUUACUGUUUGCACAGCAACACUAAUGCGUUUCACCAUAUAUGAAGAAUUUCUACCCGAAGACCUCCCUGUCCUUUUACCAAACCUACGAGAGUUGCAGCUGCUGAUAGAUUUGUUCAGGAGCGAAGAGCUUGCGUACAUCUAUGGAUUUUUCCGGCUAUGCCAAACUCCGUUCAUUGAGAAACUCUUCAUUCAACUCCCCAAAGGACCUGAAGAUCCACAAGAGAUAAGAUCUGUGCCGGAGCCAUCAGAUAUUACUUUUAACCAUCUCAAGGCAAUCAAACUAAGCAACUUUAAAGGGGGUAUGAGUGAAAUGAGAUUGGUGAGAUUUCUACUGGAGAGGGCUGUUGUUCUAGAGACCAUGGUAUUAGUCGCCCCUCCAAAGGCUGAUCUGAAGGAAAGCAUCAAUCAUGAGCAAUAUAAUUCAGCAUCAGAAGCCAUAUCUCAAGACAACGUAGACUUGAUGGUUCUACGUGGGCAGCUGUCAUUGCUGCCAAAGACAUCUAGAGCCAAUAUAGUGUUAUGUGAGUAUUUGGAGGAUGAUAAGGCUUUAGCUCCAAAGCAUACAGAAUACUUUACAGACUUUUAGCAAUUGAGAGGAGUUCUGAAUAUAUGUUAGUUGUUACUGAAUGCAUCAUAAGCUAUCAAAUAGCAUGUCUGAAGUAUGUUCUACUCAUUAUAUCUAAGUGGAUAACUAUGUGUAAAAGCAGUAUGCUAAAUGUUUUCAUCGUGAUAGCAAAUAAAAUGAUCUUAUAUAUUCAAGUGAAGAA